AGGAAGUUAGCCGCGGCUAACAGGAAGCGGGAGAAUGAGGACACUCUGAGGCGCAGGGAUUGGCAGAGAGACGAGGAACACAAAGUCAACCACCUCUUUAUGAAGACAAGUCAGAGGUAACUAUGUCUUCAGCAGUGGAUCUCAAGACGAAGGAGGAGAAGGAUGCGGAGUUGGACCGACGAAUCGAAGCUUUGAGGAAGAAGAAUGAAGCUCUGGUUAAAAGAUACCAGGAAAUUGAAGAAGACAAGAAGAAAGCAGAGCAGGAGGGCAUUGCCGUGACAACACCUCGGAAACCCCGUCCCCACGAGCCGGAGACGGACAGGAAGAAGACGGAUAAGGAAAACUUCACUGUCACAGUUGACCUUUCUAAAUCAACAGGGGAGAAGAGAGUUGUGAAUGACUGGAAACCUGGAACGCCUCGCGGCCGGAAGACGUCAGAGGAAAGCGACGGGCAAAGAGGGCAAAAUGACAGCCACAGUCCCUCCAGGAGGAUGGGGUCAGGACGAUUAGGUCGGGGAGGACAGAGAGGAGGAGGAGGUCGUCAAGAGAGGAGAGAAUGGGAACCACGAACACCUAGAAGUGGAGAACCUGGAGAGUUGGGUGGACAGGGACGCAGAGGAGGAGGAAGGAGAGAAAGAGGAGGAGGAGGAGAAGGCAGAGGAGGAGGAGGAGAAGGCAGAGGAGGAGGGACACCAGGAGGCGUGGACAGGAAAUCCAAGGAAUGGGAGGAGAAGAGACGACAGAACAUCGAGAAGAUGAAUGAGGAAAUGGAGAGAAUAGCAGAGUAUGAGAGAGGACAGCGGCUGGAUAGUGACAAGCCAAUCCGUAACUUCCUUGAUGACCCAAGACGUUCAGGUCCGGCGCCUGACAUAGACCGCAAGGAGGGCAGCAGGAGACAUGUACGAAACUGGGGAGGGCUUGACUUUGACAACGUAAAGACGGGAAAUGAACUGGAGAAGGAGUGGACUAGUCGAAGGCCUGGUCCCAAGGGCUCUGUGGACAUGACCAUGUCCAUGACCGGCCGGGAGAGAGCAGAGUACCUGCGCUGGAAGAAGGAGCGUGAGCAGAUUGAUGAGGAGAGACUAGCGCGCCAUCGUAAUGCCACAGGCCAGUGGCGACGAGAGUGGGAUGCACAGAAGACAGAUAACAUGUUCAAAGAGGACCCAUAUGUAGCUGCAGAGGGCGUCACAUCCGAGCAGGGUAACAGGAGAGAUGACAGUAAGCGACCCCCCAAGACUCCGACAUUUGGUGACUUCCUGUCCCAGGGCAGGACCCCGGGGCCCCGAGGGGACCGUAGCCGAGGGAGGGGCCGAGGACAGAAGCAGAGCUACAGCAUGCAUGACAACCGCUGGGAAGGAGAGAAAGAGGAAGAGGAGGAGAAGGAAAAGGAGGACAAGACAAAGAGAGAGGAGAAGACGAAAAAGAAGAAGGAAGAAAAACCCAAACCUUCCACGACGCAGAAGGUGGAGGAGAAUAAUGGAGAUGAAGAGGAGGACGAUGACAACUGGGAAGAUGCCAGCGAUGAAGAAGACGUGGAGGAAGGGAGCGACUCAGAAGACGACUCCAGGGACAAUGAGAAGAAAGAUGCUGGGAAAGAAAAACCAGCCAAGAGCAAAGAAAACUCCCCUAAGUCUCCCACCCCUCGUUCUCGAAAGACGUCGGCGGGCAGCCCCAAAGAGCAGCGAACACCCAGGCCGAAGGUGCACAUCCCGCCCCCAACAGCAGCUCAGGAGUCACCAGAGGGCGGCAAACCCCUCAGCCCCUUCUUCCCACUGGAAGGCCACCAGCCUGUGUCAGACUGGGGAGAGGAGAUGGAGAUGCUGUCACCUCGGAGCAGCAUGGGAGGAGAGAGUCCCUUGAAACCCCCGAGUGCUGAGUCCAGCCCCCCCCAGACGAAGGCCCAGGAGCACGAGGAUGAGACGGAGAGCCAGGAUGCCAGUGAACCUGCUGAGCCACGGAAAGAGGAGGAAGCAGAAGAGAUUAAAUCCCAGCAGAUUGUGAUUGUGUCAGAGCCGGAGUCCGUCCCCACACACUCCCCCGCUGCAACACCACCUGACGCCACCCUCUCUGAUAUUUCUGUCCCAGCCCCCUCUGAAGUCAGUGAGGCAGCUGUGACAACGAACCAGGAAGAACCCGCUGCUCCGUCACAAGACUCCGCCCCUUCUCCUCCUGUCCUGGAGGCCAGUGAGAGCUCUUCUGAACCAGCAGGAAGCGAAGAUGAUGACGCAGCGCCCGCUGAGACCAACGCUCAGACAGAAGAAACCGUGGAGGAGUCCCCAGAGCAGGUGUCCUCAGGCUGAAGCUGCUGGGAACAAACCCACUCACAUCUGAGGAGGAAGGAGAGGAGACAGGAAAUGGAGACAACUGAAGAGCAUCGCGCUUCUCAUCACUGGAGCGACGUCACACAUGUGAAUGUGUUUUUCACGCUCUCUGUCUCUGAGAUGUUUUGAAGUCUGUUUUGGAUCGAUGUGUCUGAUCACCUCUGGGUGGUUUUCUCUGACUCUGUUGAAGUUUUAAGAAAUCAAGAGUAAAAUGUGUAAAGUUUUUGUUCUUGCAGUGCAGUCUCAAGGUUUUCUGAGCUGAGAAAAAUGUGUCCACAGUAGAAACUACGGAAGAUCAUUUAAGACACGUGCUGAGGAUCAACCACUUGUUCGUUGCUCUCUGAGCUGCACAGAAAACACCAGCUCAGUUUCACCUGAGAUUUUAUGAAUUAACCCCAUUGUAGCUGCCACAGAGUGGAUUGAAAAAAAAAAGAAGCUCUUCACAGAUUUUGAAAGGACACAAUUGAUCUGUGUUAGUAACUACAUUACCCACAUUGCAACUCAUCCACGUUGGUGGAAAUUCCUUUUGUUUUGAAAUUAUGACUAAUCAUUGAGCAUAAGCUUCAAUUAUGAGUUAACGACUGAUCAGGUUCGUUCUGCAGGAAAAUUGACCUUCACGCACUAAAGGCUCGUAUUAUUGUCUUCAUCAUUUUCUCAGCCAGUUUUUAUUUCUACAUUAUUUUCACACAGUUGUUUCUGAACUCAUGGGAGUGUUUGCUGUUGUCUUUCGGUUUUAAAGCCUCUGACUCUUCUGCGGCAGUGAUCUCAGCUCCGUUAGUGUUUGUAAUGCAGCGAUUGGCCUCCAGCCUGCUCGACUCUUAGCUUUUUAUUUUGUGGCUUUUAAUCAUUUUGUUCAUGGAAAUACUCAUUUUCCAUUUGCGAGCCCCCGACACUUUUAUUUUCAAGUUAUAAUCAAAGAGUAAAAUACCAUGAGCUUCACUGCAGCUUGUUCAUGAUGCUUUAAAUGUCAUGUUAGACAUCAGAGCCAGCUGUGUGGUCCAGAUGUGUUCAGCAGAACAACUCCUGAAGGUCAGACGUGGAUCAGAGCGAGUGAGUGUUUAUGGAAACUACUUGAUGUGCUCUCUCCUCUUCCUCAUCUCAAAAUAACAUGAAUGUACUUGGAGCUGAGUUUUCAUUUGCUGAUAUUUGUUGUGUCUCAUUCUGGGAGAACGGUUUAUAUUUCCACUGACAGUCUGUGCUGUUAUCAUGUGUCUGAUUGUUGUGAAUCAUCGACUCCACGGAGAAAUCCCUUUCAGUGGACACACUGCCUCUUCAACAAUGAACAAAAAAAUAUUUUUUAUCCAAAAAUAGUUUGAUAAAAAAAACAACCUACUUAGUGUUGAUAUUAUUUCAAACAGCCGUCUUUGCUUGUUUUUUUAAUUUCCUUUGGGAUGAGACCCCUCACUCAUACCUCAGCAGACCAAGGGCUGGAGUUAGUUUUUCAGUCUGUGCUUUGUUUUCUGCGUCUCGCUCUUUGUUCGUCGUAGCCGUGUGGCUUUUGAGCACACGGGGGGUUUAAACAGGAUGCUUCUUCGUCUUCGUGUUCUGUAUUGGAGGAAAAAACAAACGUUAUUUGAAGUGAAAGGAAAACUGCAAUAUGUACAGUUUUUAAAUGGAAAUAAACAUUCCACACACUGGGUGUUUGUGCAAAAGGUAGCCUGUGAGCUAUGAAAGAAAUCUUGUUUUUGGGGUUUUUCUUCUUGCAAAUGGAUGUUUUGUUUUCUGAGCUUCGAUGACAGAUUGUAUUUAAAACAGUAGAUAUUUCAUUGAACCUGUUUCUAAAGUGUCUUCCUGCGUUUGAUACGUGACAUCGCUCUGUGCACGAGCUUUGCCUUUUUGGAGCUGGUGCGCAGCUGUUUUCAUGAAACUAUCAGGUCGGGCACGAAUCUGAAAUUGUAGCUUUUAAUUGUCGUCUAAGCCACUGAUGAAAUAACUGUCACUGUCACACGCCAGAGACAAAGAGCCCAGAUGUAGGAACAGCUUUCUGAACUGUAUGAAAUGUAAAGCAUUGUUUUGUUUUUUCUCAUUUAGCCAAUAAAUGUUUUUCUCUUCUGA